UUGGGGAGGAAUCCUAUCUACAUAUUUCUUCUUCAACCUCAUCCUGGGGUCGUGGUUGGAACUUUUCAUCAAUCUUUCCUUUCUUUCUUUCUUUCUUUUUCUUUCUUUCUUCUUCUUUUUUUUUUUUUCUCUCUAAGCCUUUUGCCUAGCUCUGCCUGUCACAACAAAGUCAGCCACAGGCCUCCAGAGAGUAGCCUCUGUGAAAUUUGUCAUAAGGGUGUCAGGUAUUUCUUCCUGGCUUCCAAAGAAAACUCAGAUAAAGAAAUCUUUCCUGGAUCCUUCUGAGGCUGCACUCGGAAGCUCUCUUGAGGUGAAGAAGAAGCUGGAGAGCAGUAGCAAGAAAAACUGGCCAAAGAGUAAAAGAUGCCCCGGGGCAGAAGGCUGACCGGGGUGGAGUUGGGGGUCAGACAGACUCACUUUGCCUGGGCUGUGCUGGAACAAAGUCAAGUUCUUGGCGAUUGAGAGUUUAAGCCCAUCGUGAUUAUGCUGCUCUUACUUAUCCUUCUAUUGCCAGUAGUUUUAAAAUUUAGUUUUGUUAGCAUCUCAGCACAACAGUCCUGGAGCUGUUCGGAAGGCCCUCCCCUGGGAAAUGGGAAUUCCACUUGUGUCGGUCCUGCACCCUACUUAAUUUUCUCCCAUGGAAACAGUAUCUUUAGAAUUGACCCAGAAGGCACAAACCAUGAGCGACUGGUGGUAGAUGCUGGUAUUUCGGUGAUCAUGGAUUUUCAUUACAAGAAGGAAAGAAUCUAUUGGGUGGAUUUAGAAAGACAACUUUUGCAAAGAGUUUUCCUGAAUGGGUCAAGACAAGAGGUAAAGUACUACCAAGUGUGGUUUAUAUUUUGGUCUUCAGAAGUGGACAGCAGUCUUCACAGAGCAGAUCUCAGUGGGGUGAAAGUGAAGACUCUAUUAGAGACACCAGAAAGAAUAACAGCUAUGUCCCUGGAUGUGCUCGAUAAACGCCUCUUUUGGAUUCAGGACAAUAGAGAAGGAAGCAAUUCUCAUAUUUAUUCCUGUGAUUAUGAUGGAAGGUCUGUCCAUCUGAUCAAACCUCCAACACGGGAGAUGGUUCCUAAUAAACCAUCUUCUGUUCUAGAAAAGAAACUUUGCAAACUAAAGAAAGCUAACUGCAGCGGCAGAGCGUGCGGCCAGGACUCCAAGUCGCGCUUGUGCGCAUGUGCGGAGGGCUACGCGCUCAGCCGAGACCGGAAAUCCUGUGAAGAUGUCAAUGAAUGUGCCUUUUGGAAUCAUGGCUGUACUCUUGGGUGUAAGAACAUUCCUGGAUCCUAUUAUUGCACGUGCCCUGCAGGAUUUGUUCUGCUUUCUGAUGGAAAACGAUGCCAUCCAUUCAUUUCCUGUCCAAGCAACGCAUCUAAAUGCAGCCAUGGAUGUGUUCUGACAUCAGAUGGGCCCCUGUGUUUCUGUCCUGAAGGCUCAGUGCUUGGGAGAGAUGGAAAAACAUGUAGUGGCUGUUCAUCACCUGAUAACGGUGGCUGUAGCCAGCUCUGUCUUCCUCUCAGCCCAGUAUCUUGGGAAUGUAGUUGCUUUCCUGGGUAUGACCUACAACCAGACCAAAAAAGCUGUGCAGCUUCAGGACCACAACCAUUUUUGAUGUUUGCCAAUUCUCAAGAUAUUCGUCAUAUGCACUUUGAUGGAACAGAUUAUGGAACCCUGCUCAGCAAGCAGAUGGGAACAGUUUUUGCACUAGAUCAUGACCCUGUGGAAAAUAAGAUAUAUUAUGCCCACACAGCUCUGAAAUGGAUAGAGAGAGCUAAUAUGGAUGGUUCCCAGAGAGAAAGGCUUAUUGAGGAAGGAAUAGAUGUACCAGAAGGUCUUGCCGUGGACUGGAUUGGCCGUAGAUUCUACUGGACAGACAGAGGGAAAUCUCUCAUUGAAGGGAGUGACUUAAAUGGAAAACAUCGUCAAAUAAUCAUUAAGGAGAACCUAUCUCAGCCCCGAGGAAUUGCUGUUCAUCCAGUGGCCAAGAGAUUAUUCUGGACUGAUAUGGGGAUUAAUCCACGAAUUGAAAGUUCUUCCCUUCAAGGCUCUGGCCGGCUGGUGAUAGCCAGUUCAGAUCUGGUAGAGCCCAGUGGAAUAACCAUUGACUACGUAAUGGACACAUUGUAUUGGUGUGAUGCCAAGCGGUCUGUGAUUGAAAUGUCCAGUCUGGAUGGUUCCAAACGCCAAAGACUUGCCCAGAACGAUGUAGGUCAUCCAUUUGCUGUAGCUGUGUUUGAGGAUCACGUGUGGUUCUCAGAUUGGGCUAUGCAAUCGAUAAUAAGGGUGAACAAGAGGACUGGCAAAAACAGGGUACGUCUCCGAGGCAGCAUGCUGAAGCCCUCCUCACUGGUUGUGGUUCAUCCAUUGGCAAAACCAGGUGCAGAUCCCUGCUUACAUCAGAAUGGGGGCUGUGAGCAUAUUUGUCAAGAGAGGUUUGGAACUGCUCAGUGCUCAUGUCGUGAAGGUUUUAGGAAAGCCCCAGAUGGGAAAACAUGUCUGGCUCUGAAGGGUCAUCAGAUAUCGGCAGGUGGUGAAGCUGAUCUAGGUAAUCAGGUAACACCAUUGGAUGCCUUCUCUAGGACUAGAGCAUCAGAAGAUAACAUCACAGAAUCUCAGCAUACACUAGUGGCUGAAAUAAUGGUGUCAGAUGAAGACGACUGUUCCCCCGUGGAAUGUGGCAGCCAUGCCCAGUGUGUUUCAGAGGGAGAGAAUGCCACCUGUCAGUGUUUGAAAGGAUUUACCUGGGAUGGAAACCUAUGUUCUGAUGUAGAUGAAUGUGAGGUGGGUAGCACAGUUUGUCCUCCUGUCUCCUCCAAGUGCAUCAAUACAGAAGGCAGUUAUGUCUGUGGAUGCUCCCAAGGUUACCAAGGAGAUGGAAUUCACUGUCUUGAUAUUGAUGAGUGCCACCUGGGGGUUCAUAGCUGUGGAGAGAAUGCCAACUGUACAAAUACAGAGGGAGGCUAUACCUGCAUGUGUGCUGGCCGCCUGUCUGAACCUGGACUGUCUUGCCCUGACUAUACACCACCCCCUACCCUCUGGGAAGAUGGCCACCAUCUGGUCAGAAAUAGUUACCCAGGAUGUCCUGAGUCACAUGAUGGGUACUGCCUCCAUGGUGGAGUAUGUAUGUAUGUUGAAGCAGUAGACAGCUAUGCGUGCAACUGUGUUAUUGGCUACGUCGGGGAGCGAUGUCAGCACCGAGACCUGAGAUGGUGGGAACUGCGCCAUGCUGGCCAUGGGCAGCAGCGGAACAUCACCGUGGUGGCUGUCUGUGUGGUUGUGCUGGUUCUGCUGCUGCUCCUGGGGCUCUGGGGUGCUUACUACUACAGGACUCAGAAGCUGCUAUUGAAAAAUGCAAAGAAUCCCUAUGAAGAGUCAAGCAGAGACGUGAGCCAGGGCAAACCUGCUGAAGGAGAGGCUGGAAUGUCUUCUUGCCCCCAACCUUGGUUUGUGGUCAUAAAGGAACAUCAAGACAUCAGGAAUGGGAGUCAGUAUUCCGCUGGCAAGGAUGGCCAGGCAGCAAAUGUUGUCCAGUUGUCCUCCCUGGAGCUUGGGUCAGUGCAGCCAUGGAAUCAGGAACCCUAUAUACGUGGAAUAGGCACAGAGCAAGGCUGCUGGAUCCCACCAUCCAGUGAUAAAAAGUCUAGUCUCCAGGUAAUGGAGUGAAACUAUCCUUGUACCUUCCUAUGAAGUUGAGAUGCCCCACCUUUCUGCAGUCAUUAUAGCCACAGAGAUCCACCAUGCCAAAUGGAACUGACUCAGUGACAACUGGAGUAAAAAGGGAGGUCAAGAACAAACCGUGUUGAUGGACAGUAUAUUUUUCUUUCAAAAAGUAGAAUACUAAAGAUUUUGGUUCCACAAUCUCAAUGUAACUCACCUAAUCAGGGUUCUAGAGGCAGAUGUGUAAUUGUGCUUUUGUGUUUUCCUCCAAGCAAUCCCAUUUCUGAUUUUCAAAGAAGUGCGACCAGGAGAAUUGGGACAAUUGUGCUUAAUGAACUGUGAUGUAUUUAAUAGCCAAUACAGAUAGAUUUUUUUUCUCCCCUGCACCCUCAGAAUAAAUCUGAGGAUAAAGCAGGUUUGGUCAGUUACAAAGUAAUUUCUUUGAUCUGGAUAGUAUUCUGAACUCAAUUUCAUGAAAUGACUGGAAUAUUAUAAAAUUACUGUUUAGAUACAUUGAAGGAAUUUAUUAACUAUUGGUCCAUGCUAGUAAUUUUGCAGAAUGAAUUAUCAUAAAUUAAUGAAAAGUGCAAGAAUUUACAACUUGAUUUUUUGCUGAAUGAGAUUACUUAUUUUUAUAUUUUUAAAAUCUUUGAAUGAAAUCAUUUAAUUUUUAAAGCAUUUCCCCAAAGACAUCAGUAUUUCUCAAUCAUUAUUAUUCUUACAGCAUUAUAGCAUUGUUUCCCAUGAAAAUGUUAAAUUCUUCCUUUGUGUGUUUGCACAGACUUAUUUUUCACAUAUGAGAUUGUAAGCAAAUUCCAUGAUUUAUUUUCAUUUUCAUUAUGGAUGGCAGUUUAUUCUAAUUAUUUAAAUAAAAUCACCAUAAAACAUAAACAUUUUACUGUACUCCUGAUUAAGUAGUUAAUUAUAAUUGGUGGUGGUGAUAGAGUUGAACCAAAGUGAUUUGCCACCCUUAUUUGCCAACCUUAUUAUAAUUUUUUUUAAGUUUGAAUCUAUAACUCUGACUUCUAAAGUAAAAUUUUAUAUUAUUCUAAUUAAGUAUUUUCCUUGCAGCAAAUGCAUUGUUACUACACAUAACAUAACUUGCCUAAUGCAAUAAUUUUGGAUUGUUUGGGGCUUUGGAUUAUCUAGUUUAUGCAUUAACUAGUCCCUUUGUCUAUUUUUGUCUUUCAUUUCUCUUCAACACCCCAGAUUUUGGUUAUAGUAGAAAAUCAGAAUUAAAAAGAAUUGAAACUCGUGUUUUCAAGUGGAUAUUUUAUAGAAAUUUUGGUAAAGAUUUGGUGAUGGGGAGGAUGACCUAAGGUUUAUGAGUAUUAGUUAACUAUUCAGUAUGACAUUCUUCCCAGCUAAUUUUUUUAAAUAUUUAUUUUUUAAGUUAUAGGUGGACACAACAUCUUUAUUUUUAUAUGGUGCUGAGAAUCAAACCCAGUGCCAGGUAGGCGAGCGCUUUACCUCUGAGUCACAACCUCAGCCCACCCCCAUCUAAUUAAUAUUUUGUUAGUGUUCUGUUUUGCUUUAAUUAAUAACUGAUAUUCUAGAGGAUCAGGAGACAUAUUUAUUUCUGAUUAAUUAAUUGACCUCAGAAAAAGAAUAGCCAUAAUUUCCCCCAAGUUUUUCUUUCUUUAUUUGAAUGUUCUUGUUGUUGUUUCCUACAAAAGUUAGCAUUUUUGAAGGUUUGGAUUACCUUUUUGUACUUCAUACAGGAUUCUGUGAAUAACCAAAGAAAUUACAUGAAACCACACUAACACAUAAUAUGCCAUUAUCUUUGAAACACAAAAUCCCUGUUUGCAUUUAGCUUUCAAUGACUCUGAUACCUUAGAAACUGGGACCAUUUUAAGUCCUUCACCAGACUGUCCUUCUGCAAUCUGGUCAGUUUAAUGGGGGAAAAAAAAUGUACUUUGUGUACUUUGGUCAAUGAGUCUCCCUGAAGAGAUGUCUUAUCUUCUUUUCUUGCAUUCUCAUGUUUCCACUAGAAACAUUCUCCUUUAUUUAUAACCUAAGUUUUAAAAUGAAUAUUUUUGUUUUGUUGUUUUGGUGGUGCUAGGGAUUAAACCCAGGGCCUUGUGCAUGCUAGUCAAGCACUCUACCAACUGAGUUAUAUCCCCAGCCCCCAUGAAUAUUUUUAUCUAAGAUAUUUGAUUUGAUUUUUUCUAGACUGAAUAUUUUCAUUGCCUAACUCUGAUGGUCCAUUGUACACAAUACCUGAUUGAGAUUCCAUUUGACUAAAUGUCACUUUCUACAUAUGAAAUGAACGUUCUGCCCUCUUUUGGCGCUCCUAAUGAAAACUUAGGACACUGUGUUCUUUUGAAUCCAUGUGGUUCUGUUUCUACCUACUAGCUUUGAUUUCUAACUAAUGCCCUUUCCAUGCCAAUAAAUGAUUAUUGCAUAACAAUUGAAAAUGUGAUAGGAAUAAAUCCUUAAACACAAGGCUGGGAGAAAUAAAAACUAUCUAGUCAAUUUAAGUAGCUGUGACAGGCAAGAUUUUAUGUUUUGCUGUGUUUUUUUAAUGUUUUCUUUCUUCUUCUUUUAAGUUCUUAAAUGAGAAACCCUUAUCUGUAUUGUUUCAUGUGCAGUUCAGCUCUAGGCCUGCCUGAAGCAAAUACUCUUCUGCUGAGAACUUGACAGCUUCCUCUAACUAGAGCUAUAGGCUAGGAACAAGAGAAACACCAGGCUUUACACAUUGGUAGGUAAGCUGUAACUUUCCCAGAGUUCAUUUCUGUGUAUUUUUGUGAUUUAGUUGGUCAUCAUGGUUAGAUGCAGUGAAAGAGGCACAGUUGCCCAGUGAAUGCUCACUCUUUCUCAUGGAGAUUGCUGACGGGCUGCAGAUUUUCCUUAUUGUUCCUUACUCUGUAUUAUCUCUUUAACCUUUCUGUUGACCCCAAGACAUACCAGUGAUCCCAGACUCACCACCAGACACAGAUACAUCCACAUUCCAUAGCUUACUCUCAGCUGCUCCACUUGGGAAGUUGGAAAUGACUAGCUUCAUAGCUCUCCUUGCCAACUCUAGCUUGUCCAUAGGUUCCAUUGUAUGUUCUAUGAUUCCUGAUCAGUCAUUAUACUCCAAUGUUCCAAAUCCCUUCUAGACCUUACUUUCCCAGAUCCUUUUGUAAUUAUGUAAGAAUUAAUUUUUACAAUAAAUAAUCAUUACAUAAUA